CCUGACAUCUAAUAGUCACUUGAACCCUCCCACUUUUUCGCCUUCUUUUUCCACCUCCUUUUCACAAAUCCGCCAACUUCUCUGCCUUCUGUUAACAUGUCCCAUUACUUCCUGUGUCACUGCCCAGUCUGCUGGGAUACCCCAGAGCAGGAAACCAAGUGAUCUGAUCCAGGAACUUGGGUAGCAUUCAUCGGAAUCUCCCCCAUAAGAGGACACACUUCCAAACUUCACCGGUAGAAACAGGCCUGAUUUAAGAUGGCGGCUGGUGUGGCAACAUGGCUGCCAUUUGCACGGGCAGCGGCGGUGGGUUGGCUGCCGCUGGCCAAGAAGACGAUGCCAAAACCCCCAGUGGACAAUUCAUCCAGAUCAGAUGAGAUUCUCUUCGUCAACGUCAGCGGUGUCAGGUUUCAGACAUGGAAAAACACGCUUGACCGUUAUCCUGACACACUGCUGGGAUCUUCCGAGAAAGAGUUCUUCUACAAUGAGGACAUGCAGGAGUAUUUCUUUGACAGAGACCCUGAAAUGUUUCGGCACAUUCUAAAUUUUUAUCGGACGGGGAAGCUGCACUAUCCCAGACAUGAGUGCAUCCAGGCCUUUGACGAGGAGCUGGCCUUCUACGGAAUAGUGCCAGAGAUCAUCGGGGACUGCUGCAUGGAGGAAUACCGAGACAAGAAAAAGGAGAACCAAGAGCGUUUGGCUGAGGACACAGAGGCCAAUGAGGCAAUGGACGCUCCUCUUCCCCCACACAGCACACCAAGGGAACGUCUGUGGAGAGCCUUCGAGAACCCCCAUACCUCCACAAUGGCGCUGGUGUUCUACUACGUGACAGGCUUUUUCAUCGCCGUCUCUGUCAUUGCAAAUGUGGUGGAGACGGUCCCAUGUCGGCCUCCCAAAGGCAGCGUCAAAGACCUUCCCUGUGGCGAGAAGUACCAGCUGGCUUUCUUCUGCAUGGACACGGCCUGUGUGCUUAUCUUCACGUUUGAGUACCUAAUGCGUCUGUUCGCCGCACCCAGUCGCUGUAAGUUCAUGCGCUCCGUAAUGUCGGUCAUUGACGUGGUGGCCAUCAUGCCCUACUACAUUGGCCUGGUCAUGCCGGAGAACGAAGAUGUGAGCGGGGCCUUCGUCACUCUCCGGGUUUUCCGUGUCUUCAGGAUCUUCAAGUUUUCCCGUCACUCUCAAGGUCUGAGGAUUUUGGGCUACACACUGAAAAGCUGUGCCUCUGAACUGGGCUUCCUGCUCUUCUCCCUCACUAUGGCCAUCAUCAUCUUCGCCACUGUCAUGUUUUAUGCUGAGAAAGGCACCAAAGGCUCCACGUUCACCUCCAUCCCUGCCUCCUUCUGGUACACCAUAGUCACCAUGACCACGCUCGGAUAUGGUGACAUGGUUCCAAACACCAUUGCUGGAAAGAUAUUUGGUUCUAUCUGUUCUCUGAGUGGAGUACUGGUCAUCGCUCUGCCCGUCCCCGUCAUUGUAUCCAACUUCAGCCGUAUCUACCACCAGAAUCAGAGGGCAGACAAGAUGAGAGCACAACAGAAAGUGCGUUUGGCUCGAAUCCGUAUGGCCAAGAAGGGAACAGUCAACGCCUUCCUCCAAUACAAGGAGGACAGAGCACUUGGGGAUCGAGACAGUGACAGCACAGCUCUUUGUGUGAAGAACAUAUCAGCGUUUGAACAUCAACACCAUCAUCUGCUGCACUGUCUGGAAAAAACAACCAGUCACGAGUUCACGGACGAACUGACGUACAGUGAGCUGUGUAUGACGGAGUCUGUUGGCUUUCGAACCAGUCGUAGCACCUCCAUGUCCAGCCAGCAGGGGGUGCAAAACAAUUCUACAGGCUGCUGUCCACGACGUGCCAGAAGAAGGGCUGCUAUCAGACUGGCAAACUCCACAGUGUCAGUCAGCAGAGGGAGCAUCCAGGAGCUGGACACGCUGCACAUGAAAACCACGUCUAUACCACAGCAAACUCGGUCCAGUCUAAACGCUCAGGUUGAAGACCUAAAGCUAAACUGUGGAGAACAGGACUUCACUGCUGCCAUCAUCAGCAUCCCCACACCUCCAGCUAACACUCCUGACGAGAGCCUUCCUCCAUCACCUAUCCCUAUCCCUGGAAUCCUGCGCAACACCCGUGCCAGCACCUUUACCCAUGAGAAAGUCAAAAUCUCUUCGUUAUAAUCUCUGACCUCAGUUUCUUAGCCUGCUUUCUUUUGUGGCCCACUCUGCUGCCCUCAGAUAUGAACAAUGUUGAAUCUCUGACCUGGAACAGUACUGCUAAUGGCUCAGAUUCCUUGGACACACAUAGAUUUUCAGGAAUGUUUUUACGUUUUCCUAGUUAUUGAUGCAUCGCAGGGUUCAAAAACAGCUCCUCACUAAAAGGCAAGAAUGUAACUGGAUCUUACGGAUGUUCUAACUUCAGGGCAAGAGUCUAGGGCUUGGACUUUUCCUGAACUGCAUUCACAGAUUCAUAGGUUCAUAACCCCAACAAGCAUGUGAUUUCUGCACUGUUCUGUCUUUUUUGAUCUCACCGUGAAGACUUGCGGAAUGGUUUGACCAGUUAGUGAACUGGCCUCACCGAGUUCCACCUGGAUCCUCACCGACUACAGAAAGGAUAGAAAACGAGAGUCGGUGUUUAAUUAAUUAAUUAAUUAGUUUAUUUUUUUUACAGCAGUUUGGUUUGAGUAACUGUCAAAGCUGAUUACACCAAAAGAAAAACAAACAAACAAUGACGAGUAAAGGCUGAUGCAAUCAGACUGGAUCUUGGUCUACAGUAAUGCUUAACCGCCUUGUCUUGGAUGGAGAGCUCUCAACAAGGAUGUGGGACAAGGAUGAAUGAUGUGUUCACUGACUCCGGAUCAUUUCAGGACACCUCUGUCCUGGAAAAAAAAAAAAGAGAAGAAAAUCAGGAAAAAAAACAAACAAACGCUUUGCAUGAAAUAAAUCUAAAAACUUCAGAAACUAAGGUGAACCGGAUUCAAGUGUUCAUAACAUUAAUAAUGUGUAAAAUAUGUUUAAAGUUGCAGCUGUUACAGAGAAAGAAAAACAUCCGAAAACAUUAUAGGAACUUCAUUUGAUAAAACAAGUGUCCUGCAAUGGAUUUAACAAUAGAAGAUACACACGAUGUUGCCAAUUAAGUUGUGUUUGUCCUGAUGACAUGACCUCUGGUUGGUUUCAGCACUUUCAACAGUCGCACUAGGGUAUGACAUGGGCGGAUCUUCACAAUCCUUGAGUUGUUAGAGAACUUUGGUAGCAAACAUUUAACAAAGACUAAAUUCUUAAGCUGAUCCUCUUUCAACCAGACUUGCGUCCGACCCGUAAGUAUUUGAAAUAAAGGACCCACCUUUAACUUAUGUCUACCGUGACUUGGCCAAUUACAGCAUUAAAUUCUAAUCUGAAGUUUGAAAAUCAAACUCUAAGGGGAAAAAAUAAGACCUUUUAUGACAAAAAUAUUUAUUUGAUUUUUUUUUCCCAAUACUUACUAAGAUUGACAUUGAAAAGAAAACCCAGUUUUCUUCGGGGUCUGUCCUCCAAGAGAGUCAGACAAACCGGGCACUGAAGAUUGGGAAUGUGCAGAUUAAAGCUCUCAGAGGACCUUUAUUCAUUAUUAUAGAAGAUGCGGCGCGGAUUAUCCAUACAGAAAGAAACAUUUUAUCACUGUCCUAUGUUACCUGUGUGGGCCUCAGUCCUUUUAAUGAAAAAAAAAAAGUUAUGAUUAGAUGAUUCUCCUUUAGUCCAAAAUGGCCACAAAACCUCUUUGUGUUGUUAUUCUUCAUUUAGGUAGUCUUUUUAGUUCGAGCUUGCAGCCACCAUCUUCACAACAAAACCACGUAAUGUUACUGUCUUCUUUUAUCGGGACACCAGUAUGUUCAGAAUGGAGAAAGUUGAGCAGCAGUUAGUCCUUAAAUCUUAUAAAUGUCUGGAUUUCAGUGGUACCAUAGUGUAGUGGUUAGCAUGCCUGUGCUUUCAAGCAGAAAGUCCUGGGUUUGAUUCCCAGAGGAAUCACACAUUUGGAAUCACUCCCUCCAAGGGUCAGUCUGUUGUAGCAGUUCUGCUGUAAACACGAGAAUUUUCCCAGUGUUAGUUUGUGUUUUAACCUAAAAACUUGAUAUUUUGGAGAGAAAAAAAAUAUUGGAGGUAUAUCUGUUAUAACUUAUCUCUGUAUCAGAGAAUUGUAUGGAAAGAAAAAAAACAAAGGAAACCCAGGAAAUCAAUCCCAAAAAUAAGAACAUUUUGUAGAAAGUUGCUGAAAACAUGCAGAGAAUGAGGGUCAUCAGUGUGCUUCCUAAUUGUGGCCGUGAAUGUUUCAAUGGCUCUUCCUUCUCUGACAAAUCAGAGGGAACAGUGACCGAGUGAUGGGAUUCAAACGUACUGUAACAUAUUUUGUAUCAUAACCUCAUCUGCAUCUUCCAAUUGAUUCCAAGAAAAAAAAUGGGAGCUUCGUGCAUGAGCCUCGUACAGUAGACGUAGAACUAUUGACUCUUACUGAUCGUAGGAACUUAUCAAUCAUACCUGAAAAAAAAAAAAA